GAAAAAGCGAGCUAGUGGCCUUUCCGCUUUUCUGUGUCAUCGUCGUCCUCUAUCCUUUCCCUUCCCUCGCCCUUGUCUCAUCCUCCCCCUCCCUCUGAGAAAUUUCCGAUCCGAAUCUAGCCGGUAUAUACUGCCGUUGUCAUGUCGUCUCAAUUUGCAAUGGUUGCGCCCGAGCCCGCUGACGGUUCUGAUCUCCGGUCGAAGCAGGCGGCGGAUGGGAAGACGAGAAGCGAAGUUGGAAACACGGCCGUACGAGAGCUCGGGAGGAAGAAGAGGACAAAUCGGUCGGCGAAACUGAAACAAUGCAAACUUGACGCAAAGAGGGAACAAUGGCUUUCUCAAGUUAGGGAUAAAGGGCAGAGAGAUGUCAACUGUGGUUCUUCUCCCUCGUCGGAAAGGAGUGGCUCACCGGAUAACUUCGAUAACCGGCAUGCAACAGACGGGUUGGAGUUUCACGACAAUGACGUGGGUUCGCCGCUAACUAGCUCAGAGAGUAGGGUGGUCGGAAAUAUUCACUCUGUCUCGGGGCAGGAGCGGCCUGGAACCAGUAGCAGUAGUACCAGUUUCUCGGGGAGUGCUGAUGUGAGCGAUGAUGAUGGAAGCUUUGAUGAUUGGGAAGCUAUUGCCGAUGCGCUUGGGAUGGAUGAUUUACGGAAGCCACCUAGCGAGCCUUCUGUUGGCGAGGGUGCGAUCGCGGACCCUCUCCCAGAGCACAGAGAUUUGCUGAGGAACUCAACUUGCUAUUCGUCAGAGGUUGCUUCUAAGGGAAUUCUUAGACCGGAAUAUAAGGGGAAAUCAAGUUGUUUUGAGAAGAAUCAGAUCGACCGUGCAACCGCAUGCAGAGCAUGGCGACCUGAUGAUGCUGCUCGUCCGCCUUCACUACCAACACUUACUAAGCAGAUGAGCUUUCCGGCUCAGUCAGAGAGGCAUUCUUCUCGAGGUUCUAUCAAUUGGGGGAGCAUCGGGAUUGUUUCUCAGCAACCAUCCAAUUGCCCCAUUUGUUAUGAGGAUCUAGAUCUCACUGACUCAAGCUUCCUUCCCUGUUCAUGUGGUUUCCGCCUUUGUCUCUUCUGCCACAAGAGGAUCCUUGAGGUGGAUGGACGGUGCCCUGGUUGUAGGAAGCAUUAUGUGCCUGUAGAUGAGCAUAUAAGAACAUCUGUGCCACCAAUUUGGUUGUCUCGUUCUUGCAGCAUGCAAAUGAGAUCGUAGGGUCACCUGAUCGUGGCUAUUCUUGUAGUGGUCUGGGUGUAUAUGCAAUAUGGCGUGUCUUGUGUUCUCACAGAGAUGUGAAUACAGUCUAGGGGUUUGAAAGUGCUUGAAGACAGUUGGGAGAAUCCUUACAUAUUUCUUAUUUCCUGCUCUACGUAGUACAUAUGUUGGUAUGAGUGGUGUCUAUUGCUUUUAGCAAUCUGUGACUAUACGAGUGAUAGUAUAUAUCCUUGCAGAGAGGACCAAUAAUCCGACCAACUUCAAUCAGAUGAUUCUGUGACCUUGUUAUUUUCUUUAAGUCUAAAUUUUGUCAUAUUAAAGUUGCUUCAA